AUGGCGGCGGGGCCGGAGAGCGGCGGGGAGUGCGGGAUCUGCUAUGAGGCGUACCGGGGCGUCAGGGCGCCCCAGCGGCUGCCCUGCAGUCACUCCCUCUGCCAGAACUGCCUGCGCAAGCUGGUGUGCCGCGCUGCCUCCGUCGCCUUCGUCAGCUGCCCCUUCUGCAGGACGGUGACGCUGGUGCCCGAGAUGGCCCCGGGAGGCCGCGGGUUGACGCCGAUCCCGGGGACCCCGCACCGCACCCAGCUCACGGCCGGGGAGGAGGAGGAAGAGGAUGAAGGCAGCGGUGCCCAUCGGGCCUCAAGGCGCUCCGUGGCCUUGGAGGUGGCCUGCGCAGCCCACGCUCCCAUCUUUACGGUGAGCGGCAUGGUGGCCCCCUGCAGCCUCCGCCGUGGCCCCGAGGCACCGGGAGCCUUCGUGCUGGGGCUGCCAGGCAGGGGGCUGCUGCUGGACUCGCAGCCGCCCCUCACCUCCGUGGAGAACCUGCGCCUCGGCUUCGCCGCCGGCAUCCUCAUCCUCAUCGUCGCCACCUUCUUCCUGCUCGUCUUCCUCAAGUAG